AACUAUAUCAAGUAAAUCUACUAUUUCCGAUUUAGAGAAAUUUUGACAAUGGCCACAAGUAGCACGGCAAGUCAGCCAGGAUCAUCUAACAGCACAACUCAAGAGUUUACUGUGAGGGUGCCAAAAGACAGGAAAAAGAAAUUCAAAAUGAUGAAGUUCAGCACUGGAAAUGAUGUUGACUUUGUCAAAAUGAGUCAGACACCGAUUAGAAUGGAAAGAGAAAAUAAUUAUAAAGAGUUCAAGUCAGCUUAUGACAUUGAUGUUGCCCCAAAAUUUGGAGCUGGGAGUGAGUAUGGGCGGGAGCAGAAAGAAGAGGCCAGGCGCAAAAAGUAUGGAAUUGUGUCACGCAAAUACAAGCCGGAAGCCCAGCCAUGGAUUCUAAAAAUUGGAAAAAACAAAGAAAUGAAGAAAAUGAAGGGAGUGCGGGAGGGAACAAUCACAGAAAAUACUUCCUACUAUAUUUUUACUCAGUGCGCUGACGGGGCUUUCGAGGCUUUCCCAGUAGAGGAGUGGUACACAUUCAGUCCCGUCAUCAAGUACAAAUACCUCAACUCAGAGGAGGCAGAGGAAGAAUUCAGCAGACGAGACAAAACUUUAAAUCUGUUCUCAGUAAUGGUUAGAAAUCGGGUCAGGAAUGAAGAUGAUGAAACUAAUCCUGAUGAAGAAGAAAAAGUCAAAACAAAGACUAAAAAGUCCAAGAAAAAGGAAAAAAGUGAAUUUUUGAUUACUGAGGAUGAAGAAUGGGCUAACUUUUCUGAUGAUGGGAAUGAGGAUGAAGAAGAUGGAGAGGGACCUGAAGAAGAAGAUGAUGAUGAUCCCAAGUCGAAAAAGAAAGGAAAGAAAAAUGCUAAAGGGAAAAGAAAUGCCAAACACAAUUCUGAUGAUGAGGCAGUUGAGGAAAGCGAUGAAGGGGAUUUUGAUGACAAGGAGGUGGAUUACAUCACAGACUCAAGCAGUGAUGAUGAAAUGGAAGACAGAGAGAAGAAGGAUGUUUAUGAAGAAAAAGGAGUAGAUGAAGAGCGAGGUCUAAGGAAACUGAUUGAUUCUGAAGAGGAGAGCGAAGAGGAGGAAGAUAAGAAAUCAGAGAAAGCUGAAGAAGAGGAGGAGGAUGAAAAAGCAAAGAAAGAGAAGAAGAAAGAUGAUGGUACAGAUAGCAGUAGCAGUUCUAGUUCAGAGAGUGACUCGGAUAUAGAAAGGGAGGAAAACCUGGCCUCUGUCAUUUUCAUGCAGAAAGGAAAAAAAGAGCGAAAUUCUCCUGUACCUCAGUCUGGCGCUCCCGGCACAGUGGAUGGAGAUGAUAAAAAAGCAUUGAAAAGGAAAUUAGAAUCAGAAGAUGUCUCCUCAAAGAAGUCCAGAACAGAAAGCCCAGGGGCGAGUGGCAAGGCAACUAGUGCUGGAAUAACAGAGGAGGCAAUUCGCCGAUAUUUGAUGAGAAAACCAAUGACAGCAAAAGAACUGCUGAAAAAAUUCAAAUCCAAGAAAGUGAACAUGAGCAAGGAAGAGAUGACAAGCACACUUACAAAGUACCUGAAGAAGAUUCAGCCCGAGAAAAAAACCAUCAACAAGAAAAUGUACUUUUCUCUCAAAAAAGAUGGAUAGGUGUAAACUCAUUUCCAGUGGUAGAUUGUGAAUGGUCUAAAAAAAGACCCAGAAUUCUGUGAUAUCUCCCAUUGUAUAAAAAGUGCUAUCAGAGGAAGGUGUAAGGUGCAUUUCGUCACUGUGUGACAUUCUGAUAGAUGUAUACACAAAAAAAUAUCUGAACUGACAAAUCUCCCAGAAUUGGUCCCGAGCCCAAACAUCUUACCAGCGUUAUUUGAUUGUCAGAGGACCUUGUCAUUGUUGUGAUGUUGUCAUGUGGAUAGAUAAGCAUAUAUGUUUGUCUUACUUUAAUUGUAUGUUAUUUUAUCAAUUUAUCAGAAUUAUUACAGUGGAAAAUGAUUUUGUGAAAGUCUUCAUGAAAUAAUUAUAAAGGCUUUAGUCCUAUAGAAAAAGGUAUAAUCCUGUUUUCGAUAAAGAUCUCAUUUGAACAAUAUGACUGAGUAUGCAUAUUUUACAUUUAAUGUCAACAGCUGUUAUACCAUUGAAUAAUUCUAAAUUAAAAUGGUGUCAACAAAUUA